GGGGGACACGACACGACACGACAUCUCACAGACUCGAUCAUGACUGUUGUGAGGACUCCUGACGUCAGAGGGGAGAAUCAUCGGUGAGGUCCAAUGAGGGGAAUAUCAAGCGAGGCAUUAGCCAUGCUAACCGACGAGCACCUCGCCUUUCCACGGGACUUGACCCGCCAAAGAUGACGAGUUUACUCAACUACGUGAAAUAAAGGGCAUUUUAGUUUUUCUUUUAUGUUGUUCUCCGUCUCGUUCCCCCUCCAUCUCCAUCUCCUCUCGUAUGACAGGCACGGACUGCUCGCGAGCUCGGGGGAGAAAAAGGCAUUGCAGCUUCAUGGCACUGAGCUAUGAUUCACUCUCUUGCAGCAGCAAUGAGCAACCAACUUCAAAACACCUCUUCCCUCUCCACGGCGGGCACGUGGAAUCUCCUGGAUGUGCGGAACUCAUCACCGGUGCGAACGGCAGAGCUGAGGCCGCUUCCCGUUAGCCCGUGGGACAUUGCGCUGUGUGUGACGGGCACGCUCAUCUCCUGCGAGAAUGCAAUCGUGAUCGCUAUCCUGUUCUACACGCCCACCUUGAGAGCCCCCAUGUUCAUUCUGAUAGGGAGCCUCGCGUUUGCAGACCUGCUCGCAGGACUCGGCCUCAUUCUCAAUUUCGUCUUCAUCUAUAUGCUGAACACGGAGUUUGUAACUCUGAUCUCCGUUGGCUUGCUGAUCGCCGCCUUUUCUGCAUCUGUGCUCAACAUCCUGGCCAUCACGGUGGAUCGCUACUUGUCCCUCUACAACGCUCUGACCUACCACACGGAACGCACGGUGACAUUCACCUAUGUCAUGGUGGUUCUCAUUUGGCUGGUGUGCAUCAUCCUGGGCCUACUGCCAGUGCUCGGCUGGAACUGCCUCAGAGACGAGGCCAGCUGCAGUAUCUGCCGGCCGGUCACCAAGAACAAUGCUGUGGUACUUGCUGUGACGUUCUUGCUGGUGUUUGCCCUCAUGAUGCAGCUUUACCUACAGAUCUGUAAGAUUGCCUUCCGCCAUGCGCAGCAAAUCGCUGUUCAGCACCAGUUCAUGGCCAUUUCCACCACAAAAGGUGUAUCCACGCUCUCCGUCAUCCUCUGCACCUUUGCUGCAUGUUGGAUGCCCUUCGCCAUGUAUUCGAUUGUGGCAGACUCCAGCUACCCGAUGAUCUACACGUAUGCAACAGUGCUGCCGGCAACAUGCAACUCUGUCAUAAACCCAAUCAUAUACGCUUACAGAAAUCCGGACAUCCAGAAAUCCCUGUGGCUAGCCUGCUGCGGAUGCGUGCCGUCCAACUUCUCCUUGCGGCCAAGGACAUCGAGUGAUGUAUAGGUCGGACUCACAUAAUUCGUUUGUACUG